AUGGUUACCCGAUCAAGCUGGAAUUUUUGUAAAUUACAAUUCACACAAGGGUUUCUCCGUGUAACAUCAAUAACAAAUGCUUCUGGCUUUGGCUUCGAGCGAUACGAAUCAUAUAAAUAUUUAAAUUCUCUUAGCCUUAUAUUAACUGGCAUUCCAAUAGUGGAUGGUAGAUACGCAAUUAUCUACGCUAAUUCCACGGAUUUCGAAGUUACUUCAAUUAUAACUCAGGAAUUUAUUAACAUUAAUUGCGAUGUUUAUGUAGGAAUUGGACAAGUUUGUAUAGUAACAGGCGAAUAUAUUAUUCAAACGAAUCCAAUAAUUGAGGAUUAUGCUAUUCGUUUAUUAUCAUAUGAAGGUUAUUUAUUAAGUGAAAUAGGAAGAAUUGAUGGUCAAAUUGUAAUAACUGGUUAUGUUUUUAAUGAUGAUGGUGAAGUUUAUUCUUGGAAUCUUCCAAAAAUUGUCGAAUAA